GACUUGCUUUAGCUAUAGAUGGUUUUAAUCCGUUUAGGUCCAUGAAUGUUAGCUAUAGCAUUUGGCCUGUUAUUCUCAUCCCAUAUAACUUUGCACCAUGGUUGUGUAUGAAGCAAACAAAUUUCAUUAUCUCAUUGCUGAUUCCGGGCCGUAGAUAUCCUGGUAGUGAUAUAGAUGUUUAUUUUGAGCCACUAAUUGAUGAUCUGCUAGAUAUGUUUGUUGAAGGGGUGAGAACAUACGAUUCUGCAAAGCAUGAGUAUUUUCAAUUACGUGCUGCAAUAAUAUGGACCAUAUCUGAUUAUCCAGGCCUAGGGUACAUUGCAGCAUGUACUACAUCAGGUGAAGUAGCAUGUAUUGAAUGCCACUCAUAUACAUGUUCUCUACGAUUGAAACAAGGUACAAAAAAUUGUUAUAUGGGACACCGUAGAUUCCUGGGCCCAAACCAUCCAUAUAGAUUUGAUCUAGAUUCGUUUGAUGGUAAAGUUGAGGACAGGCCAGCGCCUAGACCACUUUCUGGAGAGGAAGUUUUAUUGCAAACAGAGAAUAUGCACACAGUGCAUGGGAAAGGUUGCCAACAUAAAAAGAAAGCAAAAAAGAAGGAAGGGGAGCCUACUAUCAUAUGGAAAAGGAGGUCUAUUUUUUUAGGCUUCCAUAUUGGAAGGAUUUAAUGUUACGACAUAAUUUAGAUGUCAUGCAUAUCGAGAAGAAUGUGUGUGAUAACAUUGUCAACACCCUCCUAGGCAUUCAACGAAAGUCCAAGGAUAACUUGAAAUAUCGUUUGGAUCUUCAGUCCCUAGGCAUUCGAACUGAGCUUCAUCCUAUUCCAGUGGGUGACAAGUUAUAUUUACCACCAGCAUCAUAUACAAUGAGUGCGUCCGAGAAGACGUUAUUUUGUGAGGUACUGAAAGGAGUAAAAUUUCCAGAUGGAUAUGCAUCAGAUAUAAGAAACAAUGUGGAUGUGAAGGAGAAGAAGAUUGUUGGGCUAAAGAGCCAUGAUAACCAUGUUUUGAUACAAUAUUUACUCCCACUUGCUGUGAGAAGGAUUUUACCAGAAAUAGUUAGUGCUGCACUUAUUCGUGUGAGCAAUUUUUUCAAGCAAAUCUAUUCGCCAGUUAUUCGUAUAAGCGAUAUGCAUAAGCUAGAGUCAGAAAUAGCUGAGACUCUAAGCAUUCUUGAGACAAUAUUCUUGCCAUCCUUUUUUGAUAUUAUGGUACACUUAAUGGUUCAUCUCCCUACUCAAGUCAGAAUUGCUGGCCCUGUUCAAUUUCGUAAUAUGUACCCAGUGGAGAGGUUUUUAAUGAGAUGUAAGGGCCAUGUUCGCACUAGGAGUCACCCAGAGGGGUCAAUUGCAGAAAGUUAUCUAUUUGAUGAGAGUCUCACAUUCUGUUCUUGCUAUUUACAUGGUGAAACUAGAUUUAACCGGAAAAAAAGAAAUGAUGAUGGCUUCAAUGUUGAUUUAAUCAAUACCACCCCUUUCUUCCAUAACAUAGGUCGUGGAUUGGUUGGUAAGCGUAGUGUCACAUUAGACCACAAAACAUGGCUUCAAGCACAUAGAUAUGUCUUGUUCAACUAUGACCAUAUAGAGCCUUACUUGAAGUAAGUUGAACAUUAUAUUUUAUAAUCAAUAUCAUCCAUUUAUUUCAUGAUUACUAAAUUAUAAUGUUUGUUUAGUAAACAUAUAGAAUACCUUUACUCUGCUGGUCAUCAAAAUCAAAGAGCAAUCAGUCGUUUACACUAUGAGACUUUUCACGAGUGGUUUAAGUCACACGUAAGUAUCUAGGAAACUGUUUAUAUAGAGUAUAGUUCCACAUUAUUUUUUUAGUGCAAUAACAAUCUUCAAUAUCAUCAGGUGGAAACAACGAGUGAGGAAGUACCUGAGGAGAUAACAAUAUUAGCUAAGGAGCCUAACAUGGUUGCACAUUCUUAUGAUAGUUAUUCUAUAAAUGGGAUAAAUUUCCAUACACAUUCUUAUGAUGUGGGUAGGUCAGUGCAGUGUAGUGGUGUAGCCCUAGUUGCACAUGCAACAAGUUUUGAUGGGACAAACAAUAAUAACCCAGUAUCAAUGAGCAAAACUUAUUAUGGUGUUAUAAAAGACAUUCUUGAGCUGAACUACCAUCACCAGGGAAAAAUAGUAUUGUUCAAAUGUGAUUGGAUUGAUAACCGAGUACGAGACAAAUGGGUCAAAAUAGACAAGUUUGGGGUGACAAUGGUCAACUUCAAGCAUUUAUUCAAUACCGGUGACAAGGAAUUAGAUGAGCCAUUUAUUUUUGCAUCUCAGGCAACUCAAGUUUACUAUGUGCAAGAUCCUAUUGAUGCUGAUUGGUUUGCUGUUUUAAAGUCAAAACAACGUGACAUGUAUGAUAUGGAAGAAAGACUAGACAAUAGUACAGAAAUAGGUUCUUUCUUGCCAGAUUUGGAUGCAAACACGCAAGUGAAUGUAUCUAUUGGUGGUAGUUGUGUUAGGACUGAUAUAGAUGGAAAUAAUGGUUGCUGAAAACCAACCUAGCAAGAGGAAAGUUUGUAAGAGGAAGAGGAAUGGGUAAAGAAACGGAGGUCAAUGAAUAUGAACUACAAAGGGCUGCCAACAUAAAAGAAAAUUUGAAGCGGAUGAGAUCUCUUAAUCUCCAUGUACCUAGUACUAUGGUUAGUGAAGAAGCAAAUGGAUCACAUCAAGCCAAUAAGAAACAUAAGACAAGGACAUUAGCAGCUUCAACUAAUGGACCUACUUUGCGAUCAAGGACUGAAAGGGAUAUUGUUGAUGAAGAAUCUGAAAAUAGUUACGAAGAAUCUGAAAACCCCAUCAAUGAUGAAGAGCAACCUAUUGGGCAUCGAAAUAUAAAGAAAGGAAGGGGCCCAACCUUGAAGAAGAACAUAUAUUCAAGUAGUGGUGGGCCUAAAAUCUGCAUUACCCUUAAUGAAUAUGGACAACCAGUUGGUAGGAACAGCAAAGAGUUUGGUAAUUUCAUAGGAACUUUGGUGAGGAAAAAUAUCCCAGUUUCUUGUGAGGAUUGGAGACUAGUUGAUUCUAAAAAGAAGUUUGAGUUAUGGACAAAAGUGAAGGAAUACUAUGAAGUGGAUGAAUCUGGUAUAGAUUAUGUUAUAACAUCUGCAGCAAAAAAGUGGAGAGAGUUUAAGGCUGACCUAAAGAACAAAUAUUUUGAUGGAACAUUGAGUUUUGAAGAGCUUAUUGCUAAAAGGGAUGAAAGGGUGAAAGAAUCUGAUUGGGAGUGGUUGAUAACUUAUUGGAUGUCUCCAGAAGCCGAGGUUCGUACAAACAGAGGUAAAGAUAACCGUUCAAAGCUGACUAUGUCGCAUGCAGCUGGCAGCAAGAGUUAUGCUCGUGUGGGGCAUGAACUGGCCGAGCAACAAGGACACCCUGCGAGAAGAGAUGAAAUAUAUGUUAGAACACACACGCGUAAGAACAAAGAAGGGGAUAUUGUGCCUCUACCUGGAGCAGAAAUAUUCAUUAAUAAAUUUGAAGAAGCUGUUGCUGAGAACCCAGAACUGAAGGACAGACGUAUUGAAGAUGGUGAUUUAUAUGCACAUGUUUUUGGAGAGAAAGAACCAAGAGGUCGUAUUCGUGGUUUAGGCUUAGGACCAACUCCACAAGAUGUAGGCACCACUGGAACUCAAAUGAAAAUAUCAACAAAGCUUCAAAUGGCAUUGCAAGCUCGCAGUCAGUCUGAGCAAGAGGUUAGAGCCUUAAGACAGGAUAUGAAUCAAAUGAAAGAAAAAAUGGAUCAAAUUUAUCAAAUGAUGGUAGCAGCUCAAGGGGUGAAACAUAUAGAAAGCCCAUCACAACAUGGGUCUAAUUCUCGACAGGGUGCAUCGGCCAGAUGAGGUGGCACAUGAUUACAAUGGUAAUGACUAUUCACAAAAUAUGGUUGAAGAUGACUUGCAGCUUACUAGGCGAGUUGCAAGCACUGUGGGUCGUCUAAGGAAUCGUGAAGAUGUUAAUAUUAUUGAAGAGCAAAGUCGCAGGCGAGACAUUGCAACAAUGGUACCUCAAAGAAAUCAUGGAUCACCUCAAAAUGCAGACGAUAAUCAUGUUGGUAAAGAAGUCAUAUUAUAUUCUAUGAUGAGAUCAGAAGUUCCUGUUGCAAUAGCAAAUAUUAUCUCAACCGACCCAACCACUAAGGUUGCAGAUGUUCCUCUUGGAAGGGAGUUCACACAGGUUUUUGUGACUCGCGUGCUAAAAAGGGAAAGUACUCUGCCACGACCAUACUUAGGUGUAGAGAGUACGGGGGAUGCUCUUUUUAUGCCCGUUGCAUGGCGAACAAACAAGAUGGGUCAUAACAAAAAAUCAACAUUGACCCAAGGUUCUACAGCAGCAGAACUUAUUCGGUGAUCUUUUGGCCCAUCUUUGCUAAUACCGACAAAGUACGCAUGCUGCUGUUGUCAAGGGGAGGUGCUGGAAGCAAGGAUCAGGAGUGCUUGAAGUGUGUGAAAAAAUGAUUACUCGCAUGCAUGCUAGCCGUUGGCGUAACAUCACCCAACUGAUGGAGAGAUUUUAGUUUGCUAGCUAGAUGAAUCUUUAGACUUUGCAUGUAAUUGAACUGAAAGAUCACUUCAGAAUUUAGAAAACAUGUAUGCUAUUAUUUUUUUAUAUGUUCAUCACACAAAUUGUGUUCCAAAACAAUAUACGUUGGAAUUCAAAGUCAAAGAUUGAUCUCUUUCUUU